UUAUUAGCCAUAAAUACAAAUUUAGUUUAAAAAAGUAGUAGUAUGCCCCUACCUAUAUUAUUCAUAAAUCUCGCUCUUCUUUGAAAACGAAUUACCACUAUUUGCAAUUUCUUCAGACUCGCCGUCAGCCGCGGCAAUGUUUUCCGACAACGUCGUUAUCAGUAAUAUCAUCGCCGGCGGCUUGUCGGCUGGGAUUACGGGUUCCGUGCUCAAAUUAUUGGAAAUAACUGCUACCAGAGGCGUAUUUGAUCAGAAGCUGAAUAGGAAGCUGGUGCACAUUAGCUUUGGAUUAGUCUUCAUGCUUUGCUGGCCUCUGUUCAGUUCUGGUCGUGCUGGAGCAGUUGUAGCAUCUCUCAUUCCCGGUAUGAAUGUCGUCAACAUGCUUCUUUUGGGAUCCGGGAUACGGAAGGACGAUGCAACUGUCAAGUCCAUGACUAGGACCAAUGACCAUAGGGAGCUACUGAAGGGGCCGUUGUGUUAUAUUUCCGCUCUGACACUUGUCACCGCAUUCUACUGGCGAACGUCUCCUAUCGCGGUUGCAGUAUUCUGCAACGUGUGUGCUGGUGAUGGCAUGGCUGACAUUUUUGGAAGGCGAUUCGGGCGCAAAAAACUUCCCUACAACAGAGACAAGUCCGUGGCUGGUACUGUCGCGAUGGCAUGUGCCGGUUUCUUGGCCUCUGUCGGAUACAUGCUCUACUUUUCGGGGUUGGGCUACAUCGAAGCAAGCUUCGAAUUGGUGAUUAAGUUUUUGGUAGUGUCUAUUGCUUCUGCAUUAGUUGAAUCUCACCCUAAAAGCACUCAACUUGAUGACAAUUUCACAGUACCAUUGGCUGUCUUCUUGCUUGGCACUUUGGUCUUUUGACCAUGUAACAUCACUUCUUUCCCGGAGCGGAUCUCCUACUCCACUCCUACACCACACUCACAUCAAAAUAAAAUAAUUCACCAUCACUUAUUAAAAUUAUAAUAUUAUUUUAUUUUGUUGUGAGUAGGUGGAGCAGGAAUGAAGUAGGAGAUCGAAAGUGCUUCUUUCCAUAUUUCUUAGUAGUAUAUGUCUUGUUCUUGUGAUAAUAAUGUUUGCUCUCUAUCAACUUGCAGUAGUAUGUAAUAGCACUCACGUGCACUCUCUCACUGAACCUAUGAACUAUUGAGUAAAUUUAUCGAGAUGAAUCUCAUUUUCUAUUAAAAA